CAGCUUUCCUUAACCCCUCUCUCCUCCCCAUCUCUUCUCAACCCUCUAGCCAUGGUGGAUAAGGAGCAGGUCAGACCACUAGCCCCCGCCGCCAACGGCCAGAGCAGCGACGCCGAUGAGGCCGCCCUUCCCGUAAAAAAAGGUAGACUAAAAAAGUUCAUCUACUGCUGUGGCGGCAUAACAGCCUUGCUCUUAAUCCUAGCCGUGGUGAUCAUAAUUCUAGCGUUCACUGUGUUCCGCUUGAAGGAGCCAAAGAUCAAAAUGAACAAAGUCACAGUUACAAGGCUGGAGCUGAUCAACAACAACACAACCCCUAAGCCAGGCUCCAACAUAUCGUUAACAGCCGAUGUGUCGGUGAAAAAUCCCAACGCGGCUUCGUUUAGGUACAACACCACCACCACCACUCUAUAUUAUCACGGCGUGGUGGUGGGGGAGGCUCAUGGAUCGCCGGGCCAGGCUAAGGCCCGACGGACCAUGAGAAUGAAUAUAGCUGUUGAUGUCAUAACUGAUCGGCUCACAUCUAAUCCCAAGUUUGGGGCGGACGUGGGAUCGGGGUUAUUGACUAUGAGUAGCUAUUCUAGAAUUCCAGGGAGGGUGAAUAUGUGGAAUAUUAUCAAGAGACAUGUGGUUGUGAAGAUGAAUUGUACCAUGACAGUUAACAUUUCCAGCCAGGCAAUUCAAGAACAAAAAUGCAAGAGGAAAGUUAUCACUAGGUUUGUAGUUUAUUUAUAAGUUUUUUAUGUGGAGAAGAGUGAGUAGAAUAUACGGAGUAUAUGGAUGUAAGCUUUUAUAAAUAUGGUUAUAUGAUACGUAAAUGCGUAGAACUGUACUUUAACUCAAUGGUAUACCCUCACCAAAGAGUUUAAACAAACUCGAUACAAGAGGCGAACACAUUGACCUCACGAGAGAGUUGUUAUUAUAUCGUUAGAUUAUUAAGCAUAUAAUAUGAUACGUCAUCCCUUUCAUUUAGUCUUUGUUUAUUCUGAUUUUCUUCAAUAUUGAAU